CGGCGCGGGCCCGUCCGCGCGGCGGGCAAAUACCUUCGGGGGGCGGAGAGAGAGGCGUCGAAUUUCAAAAAAAAAAAAGCGCCAAGCCCCCACGGCCCCCGGCGAGCGAGCGCGCGCGAUGGGCGCCCUUUGGCUGCGGGAGCGAGUGGAGGAUGCUGGGAAGGAGGUAAAAUGGCCACCGGCGGCGGCGCGGAAGAGGAGAGGAAGCGGGGGCGGCCCCAGCUCCUGCCUGCGGCGCGGCCCGCGGCCCGGGGCGAGGAGGCCGAGGGCGGCCGCGAGAAGAUGGGCUGGGCCCAGGUGGUGAAGAACUUGGCCGAGAAGAAGGGCGAGUUCCGCGAGUCUCGGCCGCCGCGGCGGGAGGAGGACGCCGGUGGCGGCGGCAGCGCGGGCGGUGGGCUUAGCGCCCCCGCAGGCCUGACGGUACCGGGCCUCGGCGACUUCCCCCCGGCCGCACGCGGGGACCCCAAGGGCCCCCGGAAAGACCCGGCCGGGGAGGCGGCAGACCCUCGCAAGAAAAAGGGCGCCGCGGAGGCGGGCAGGAGGAAGAAGGCCGAGGCGGCGGCGGCGGCCAUGGCGGCCCCCGCGAGGCCCGGCGCGGCCGAGGACGAGGCGGAGCGGCCCCUCCAGGACGAGCAGGUGGCGGCGGCGGGGGCAGGGGGCGGCCCAGGCAAGGGUCGCUUCCUGGUGCGUAUCUGUUUCCAGGGAGACGAGGGCGCUUGCCCGACCCGGGACUUUGUGGUGGGCGCGCUCAUCCUGCGCUCCAUCGGCAUGGACCCGAGCGACAUCUUCGCGGUCAUCCAGAUCCCGGGCAGUCGCGAGUUCGACGUGAGCUUCCGCUCGGCCGAGAAGCUGGCCCUGUUCCUCCGCGUGUACGAGGAGAAGCGCGAACAGGAGGACUGCUGGGAGAACUUUGUGGUGCUGGGGCGGAGCAAGUCCAGCUUGAAGACGCUCUUCAUCCUCUUCCGGAACGAGACGGUGGACGUGGAGGACAUCGUGACCUGGCUCAAGCGCCACUGCGACGUGCUGGCCGUGCCCGUGAAAGUGACCGAUAGGUUUGGGAUCUGGACCGGGGAGUACAAGUGCGAGAUCGAGUUGCGCCAGGGGGAGGGCGGGGUCCGGCACCUGCCGGGGGCCUUCUUCCUGGGGGCUGAGCGGGGCUACAGCUGGUACAAGGGGCAGCCCAAGACGUGCUUUAAGUGUGGUUCCCGGACCCACAUGAGCGGCAGCUGCACGCAGGACAGGUGCUUCAGGUGCGGGGAGGAGGGGCACCUGAGCCCUUACUGUCGCAAGGGCAUCGUGUGCAACCUCUGUGGCAAGCGAGGACACGCCUUUGCCCAGUGUCCCAAAGCAGUUCACAAUUCCGUGGCAGCUCAGCUAACCGGCGUGGCGGGGCACUGAGCCCGCGCCUGCCUGCCCGCCCGCGUGAACGCACAGCCAGCUUACUCCCUCUUAAGUGCCAAAACUUGUUUUCGAACCAUUUUUUAUCGUUUUUGAAGGAGAUCUUUUCAGAACCUACCAGAGACCUCUCUAUGCCUUCUUAAAGCGAGUUUACUCCAUUUUGGUCUGUUGAGUUGGUGACUCGCAUCAGCGACAACUACCGGGAUUUGUAGCGUGCACAGGUGUCGCCCCUCCUUUUUGGAAUUUGAUUUUCAUUUUGUAUUGGGGGUUUUCUUUUUUGUAUUUUUUUCUUGUAUUUUUUAAUCCCCUCUGCCCACACCUUGCCUUCUCCCAGGGUCCCCCCUCCCCUUCGGCUGCCUUGCUCAUCCCCGCGCCCCAGCACUGGGUACAGGGCCCAGCCGGUGGUAGGCGCUCCAUCAGUGUUUGUUGAACUGAAAACAUUGUUGGGGCUUCUGUCAGCGCCUGCCUUGUGCAGCUCUUCCCCUCUCCCACUUCAUUUGCUGCUUCUGAUCUGUGUGGUCUGAGAAUCUGUGAAACCAGUGUUGUUAGAAGUGUAUGUUACCUGAACCGAUAAGCUCUGAACAGUGGCCAGGGCCUCUCUACCGGCAGAAAAAUGCGUGGACUUGAGACAGCUUUGUCGUGGCUCAGAAGCCAUUUGCAUAGAAUCAUGGAGUCUGGAGUCUUCUUGCUGGAAUGGACCUGGGAGUUGAUUGAGACCAGUCCCCUGGGUUCCAGCCGCUGGAAGCGGCCCAGAGAAGUUGCUGACUGGGUCAAAGUCACACAGCUGUCUAGCGCCAGAGCUAGCCUACAGUAGAGCUCCCUGAGCCCAAGCCCGGUGCUCAUUCCACUACCUCUCACACUUCACAACAAUCUCCUCAACACUUGAGGGCCCAGGAAGUCUGAUCUCUCCAGGGUGCUGAGCAGCCAGGAGGUGGAGCGGGGGCUUCUGGAUACCUGGGACACAGGGAAGGGGCCAAGGAGCAAACCCCAGGGUGCGCUCCCUGCCUCCCGCGGCGCCACACCUGGAUUCCAGGCGCGGGGCCCUGUGGAGGCCCCGGGUGAAGACACCUACCAAAGGCUCACGGGUGCACCUCAGGCUCCGCAGCUAAGAAACCCGAGGGAAGCCGCUGGCUGCCGCUCGCCGGCCACCUCCUGCCCUCCAGAGAAAGGGCGGCUCCACCCGGAAUCAUGAGUGGGCCGUGAACACUAAAAUGUUCUUGGGAAAUAGGCCAGGCCAGAGGUCAGGCCAGGUCAACUGUGUGUUAUCAAGUUCAAGUAGAAAAGACAGUACACUGCUUUUCUCUUAAUUUUGUCUAUCCUUUGCUACAUGUUUUGCUAUUUCCUUGUGGCUUAGAAUGUAAAAUCGGUCGUUGACGGUUUUGUUCUGAGUAAAUAUUUAUCUUUUGUAAUGCU